CGAAACCAAAAAGAAAAAAAAAAGAAAAACGUCUCUCGUCGUCUCGUCGCACGGUCGACGAGCACUCGUUCGUUGGUAGAAAAAUGACGCGAACGUAACUUAUGGAACAGUGCCGCGGUGGUUGCAGCCACGAGAUGGUAAACUCCCCUGCAACUGCAGCGACAAUGGCGUACCCAACGUUGGAGGAGGAGAGGCGGUCGAGCUGGCACGAGCAGCACGGCAACGACCACGGCGGCUGUCGUCGUCGACGCCAACGUCAACGCAACGCCGACCAGGCCGUCGAUUACCACGAGACCGAGACACUGAGACGCGACCUCGACUCGUUUACCGCCGUAUGCUCGCCGUGCAUCGAGCAACACGACGACCACCGUCACGUACACGACGAAUCGUGCACCGGCUGUCACAGCCACGGUUCCACUGCUACUAUACUUAAUCGUGAUUUUGCGCACAGCUACCAGCAGUUAAUCCCUGGACCGAGCAACCAGCCAGUUCCUGGACCAAGCAACGAGCCAGUCGCUGGACCGAGCAAUCAGCCAGUUCCUGGACCAAGCAACGAGCCAGUUCCUGGACCAAGCAACGAGCCAGUCGCUGGACCGAGCAACCAGGCAAUCCCUGGACCGAGCAACCAGGCAAUCCCUGGACCGAGCAAACGGCCAGUUCCUGGACCGAGCAAACGGCCAGUCCCUGGACUGAGCAAACGGCCAGUCCCUGGAUCGAGAAAACGGCCAGCCCCUGGACCGAGCAACCAGUCAGCCCCUGGACCGAGCAAACGGCCAUUCCUUGGACCGAGCUACGAGCCAGUCCCUGGACCGAGCUACGAGCCAGUACCUGGACCGAGCUACGAGCCAGUCCCUGGACCGAGCUACGAGCCAGUACCUGGACCGAGCUACGAGCCAGUACCUGGACCGAGCUACGAGCCAGUACCUGGACCAAGCUACGAGCCAGUCCCUGGACCGAGCUACGAGCCAGUCCCUGGACCGAGCUACCAGCCAGUCCCUGGACCGAGCAACCAGCAGUUUCCAGAGCUGCUGAUCGAGCUUCCCUGUCCAGCCGACGGUCGGAUCCAGAGACGAUCCCGUAAGCAAAGCCAACCCAGAAAGGUGACAGAGGUCGAGGAGGACGAGGAGGACGAGGAGGACGAGGAGGACGAGGAGGACGAGGAGGACGAGGAGGACGAGGACGAGUUGAUGUGUUCCGAGGAGGAGAUGGAGCAGGAAGAGGAGCAGGAGAAGGAGGGAGAGGCGACGGAGGAGCCUGAAAGCCAGAUGGCCAUCCUGAAGGAGAAGUAUUGUAGUCCAUCGACCAGGAGGUUGAAAAUGUUGAAAUGUCGUCGGUGUCCCAGGAAUUCGCCCGCCAGCGGAAGCAUCUUUCCGCCGUACCACAGCAAAGCUUCCCUCCUGCUGCACAACAUGUGGAGACACAAAAGAAACAAAACUCCGACUCGGACUUAUCAUUCAGAAAACCAAGCGCCCAACAAUGAUAACCAAGUGUCACAGAUGUCCUCCAUCACGUUAAAGGCUACGGUGUACACCAACCCUGCUAGGUAUGACUAUCAAAGAUAACACUGGAUGUCGAAAGGAACAACAGCGGACGAUCGUGGAUCUCGAAACGCGCUAAUUCUCGAUCUUUCUUUUUUCUAGAGUUUUUCGAAUGUGAUUAGAUCGAUCCAGUGCCUUUCGAUAUACAUCGGUUAUAUAUGAUAUGUGAUUUCUGGAUUCAGGGUAUGUGCGUCGGUGAGUUCGUCGAGGAACUCUCGUAGGUUCUGCCGUUUUGGAGGACAGGAAUGCUCGGUUCUGAGAUACUUCCCGCGUUCCUAACGAAAAACGGUGGACCAGCUUUCUGACGGUGUGCGAUUGAUCGAUUUGAAUCGAAUAACUGACGUGUCUCACUGCCAAGUCACGGCGAUAGGUACAAACAACUUUCACAUAGCCAACGAAACAAUUUUAGAUAGAAAAGAAUUUUGUCGAAGAAAACUUUCCUCAAGCUUUUCGGAUGCGACCAAACGUAUCUUUCGUCUUAUUCUUCAUCAUGUUUUUACUAUUUCUUCUUCUUUUUCUUCUUUUUCAUCUUUUUAAUAUCUCUUCUUCUUUCUUCUUCUUCUUCUUCUUCUUCUUUUUCUGACCCUUUUUGUGAAAAAUGAGAGUAGAGUCUCCGCAAGUAUCUACUUACGAAUGCGACUUGACGUAUUAAGUUGUUCGCUUGCAAUUACAGUUUUAGUCCAAAGUACCUUAAGGCUCGAAUUUUCCGUAAAAUUUCGUCCUAGCAAGUACGUUUAGUCGCAUUCGUAACGUAAGGAUGCCGUGAAAAUUAUAUUUUGCAUGUAAUUAAAUGGGAAGGAGAAGGAGAAAUUGAAAAGAUGAAAAGAAGAAAAAUUAAAAAGAUGAAGAAAAGGAAAAUGUUUGAUAUUUAACGAUUAUCUCCACGACUCGUUUCUCUAAUUUCAUUUCUGUUAACUAAUCGGUGAUUCUUAUAAACGUAUAAGACACUUAGGGAGAGAGACUGUGUGUCUGGUCAAGGAGAUCAAGAAAGUAAGAAAAAAAGGAAACUCCGUGAUCUAUUUAAUCCGUGCUUGGCCCAAUGAGCACCAUUUUUGUACUAAAGAUAUUUGUAUAAAGAUUAAAACAUUAUCUUGUUUACGUUACUAUAUGAAAUAUAUUAUAUCUAUUAUACCUAAACAGGCUGCCCGAAAAGCCUGGGUAAACGUAGGCUCUCAGAGAACGCCCGCUUUCGUAUUAUUUCUCUGGGAUUCUGCGAUUUCCGCUUUUUCAUUUCACACGUCCUCUCAUUCAAGCACAGUGAAAAAAGA